AUGUCAAGCAUCGUUCAGUCACACAUGGUGGAUAUCCUUAGCCAAUUAAUAAAUGAAAGCCACGAAACACUCCCUCAAGAGGUCAUUGAAAUAAUACUUGCACAAUUUUUAAAAAAACGAAAAGAAGAAAAUCCAGCGGCCUACAAGCUCGCGGGAGAGAUUUGUAAUGUGUCAACAGAGAAACUUCAAAGAUACAUUUGUCAAUAUUUCACUGAUGUGAUUGUCGCCGCUGGGAAAGCCGGUGCACCCGCUGAGGAAUUAAAUGAUUUCAAAAUUGCCCAUGACUUAAUCAAAGAAUUAAAUCGAACAGCGCCUGGGUUAUUGCUCAACGUUAUACCGCAAUUGGAAGAGGAAUUGAAGUUGGAUGACCUGAAUCUGCGCAUGCUUGCCACUCAAGUUCUCGGAGAAAUGUUUUCCGAGAAGAAUUCUACCUUGGCUAGUCGCUAUGAUAACGUGUGGAAAAUGUGGCUUUUAAGGCGUAAUGACAAAAUAGCUGAUGUGCGGUGUGCAUGGACGGAAUAUUGUCUGCCCCUAUAUUCUAAUCAUCACGAAUUAGCCAAGCAAAUUAAUGAGGCUAUCAUUUCGAAGAU